GUGGAGCGGCCUUAGGCGGUCUCGUCUGCAAAUGGGCUCCGUGGCCUAGCGUCCCCGUCCCCGCCACCCGUGAUCGCGCGCCGAGGCCCGCGAGGGGUCGCCGCCUAGGCUUCCACCGGCCAUAGAAGCGACAGCAUGGCAGCCAUCCCCUCCAGCGGCUCGCUCGUGGCCACCCACGACUAUUACCGGCGCCGCCUGGGUUCCACUUCCAGUAACAGCUCCUGCGGAAGUGCGGAGUCUGGGGAAGCCAUCCCUCACCACCCCGGUCUCCCCAAGGCUGACCCAGGUCACUGGUGGGCAAGCUUCUUUUUCGGGAAGUCCACUCUCCCGUUCAUGGCUACAGUGUUGGAGUCCCCAGAGCGCUCGGAACCUCCCCAGGCGUCCAGCGGCUCCAUCGCCUGCGACCUGGCUCUGGAAGCCAUGAGGAAGCAGCCUGGUGGCCAGCCUGGCAAAGCCAACACCAGGCCCCAGUCCUGAGCGGCCUGUGCCAGGCUGCGGGAGGCGCUAGGCUCAUCAGCGCCCGUCCCCUGCCCGCCCCCCCUACCCCUCCCUCCCCCCCUCCCUCCUUCCCUUCCCUCCUCCCCUCCCCCCCCCCCAUAGACUAGGCGGGCUGCGGGAGAAGCACUUGGGUUCUUUUAUAUCAAAAUAACAAAACACCAAAAGGAAGUCGAGAGAACCCCACUCUUUACUAUCCAAGCCACACGCAAGCCUUCCCGACACCCUGUAACCGUGUGCCUUGCACCAAGUGGAAAAUAAACCGAGCAGCCAGUA